AAACGCAUGUUACAUAUAAGGGUAAUUGUAGAAAAAAUUAUUGCUUGAAUGCACACAUUCUUUACGUGUGAGUGCAUGUAAGUUAUUUACACGAAGUGGGAGCGUAAAAGAACUUGUUGAGUAAAGAGUUUGUCAGAGUUGAAUAAGCCUUUCUCUAAUGAAAAGAAAAUUGGAUUUGACUUCAGUUGAAAAAAGUAGAGUGAAAAGUAAUCAAGUUUUGUGUAACGAAAUUUGUUAAUUAAUUACAUCCUUAAUGAUUAACCAUUUUUCAUUUAUUAUUUUCAUCAUUGCAUUUAAAAGGUUCUGAUUAAAUUACAAAACAAGGUCAUCUCAAACAUGAAUAAUUUUCAAAGAUAAACAUGUUAGGCACAUAUGUGUAUAUACAAAAUGAUUUAUUGUUUUCAUACCUUAGAUUUUAACAUAUCCAGGUGCUGAUAAAAUUUAAAUGAUAAUCAAUACAGGUAUUGAUGAUAGUACAAAUUUUUAAAAAUGACAUUGUUACCACCAACUCUAAUUCAACAGAAAAAAAUAGAUGAAGAAAUCCCACCUGAUCUAGAAAUGAGAAAAAAAGAUAUUGAAGCUUUACGUCAAUGGUUAUCGAAACAACCUCAUCUUCCCCAACAUAUUGAUGAUGAAAGGCUAGAGCAUUUUUUAUUUGGAUGUAAAAAUAGUUUGGAGAGAUGUAAAGUGAUUCUGGAAAGAUAUUUUACUGCCAGAACACUUCUUGGAGAAUUUUUCCACUCACGAGAUCCUUGCGGGCAGGAUAUUCAAGAUUGUUGUGACGCAAUAGAAUAUUUCGUCCUGCCAUCGUUGACAGAUGAAGGUCACAGAGUCACGAUUCUCCGAAUUAAAGAUAAGAACAUCGAUAAAUUCUCUAUUCAAACAAUUACCAAACGCAUUCUCAUGGUAAUGGAUUUGAGAUUAGUGGAAGAGUCAUGUCUAUCAAAUUACAUGAUACUAGAUCUUGAGGGAUGGAGUGCUGGACAUUUUGCCAAAUGCACUCCAACUCAUACAAUUGUGAGAAAAGCUAUGCUAGCAGUUCAAGACAGCAUGCCUUUACGAUUGUAUCAAGUGCAUUUUCUCAAUGCUCCAAAAUUCAUCAAUAAUAUUAUUAAUAUUUUUUAUCCAUUGUUGAAACCCAAGCUUAUUAGCAAAUUUCAAGUUCAUACUGGCAAUGGUGAAGAACUUCACAAACACAUUAAUAAAGACAUAUUACCAAAUGAGUGGGGUGGAAUGGCUGGAACAUUUCAAGAAUUAAAUGAUGCAUGGAGACGGAAGAUUGAAAGAAAUAGAGAUUGGUUUCUACGUGAAGAAAAACUAUGCAAGACAGAUGAAACAAUGAGAUUACCAGCAUUUUCAUCAGUACUUGCUACUUCUGAGCUCAAUGGAAUUCAGGGUUCUUUUCGACAGCUUAAUAUUGAUUAAAGGCAUAAUAAGCAGCUUUACAUAUUUUUUAAAUACUAAUAUGCUUCCAUGUAUACAGAAAUAAUAGGUCAAUGUCAUAUACAGUUUAAAAAAUUCAUUAUCAUUAUAAAUAAUUAUCAAUAUUAUACUGCUGUUAUCGUGAUGAAUUAUAAAUAUAUAUUUCACUCCAAUGAAUAAUAAUUUAGAUGGAUAUGCAAAUGUUGUUAGAGAUAUUUAAAAAUGAAAAAUAGAUUAAAAAUUUUUCUAGAAUUGAAUUAUGUAGUAAAAUAUACUUUGGGAUUAAUAAAAAAUAAUGGCAUGUUAUU